AUGUCCUUUUCUCUCCACUUUAAGCCUUGUGAUAACAAUAUAGGCCCAGAUGGGGCGAAAGCAGUAGCUUCCGAAAUAGCUAAAUGUCCUACUCUCUCCACUUUAAGCCUCUACCUCUAAUCAAACAAUAUAGGCCCAGAUGGGGCGAAAGCAGUAGCUUCCGAAAUAGCUAAAUGUCCUACUCUCUCCACUUUAACCCUUGAUCUUCAAUCAAACAAUAUAGGCCCAGAUGGGGCGAAAGCAGUAGCUUCCGAAAUAGCUAAAUGUCCUACUCUCUCCACUUUAACCCUUGGUCUUGAAUCAAACAAUAUAGGCCCAGAUGGGGCGAAAGCAGUAGCUUCCGAAAUAGCUAAAUGUCCUACUCUCUCCACUUUAACCCUUGGUCUUGAAUCAAACAAUAUAGGCCCAGAUGGGGCGAAAGCAGUAGCUUCCGAAAUAGCUAAAUGUCCUACUCUCUCCACUUUAAGCCUUGGUCUAUAUGAUAACAAUAUAGGCCCAGAUGGGGCGAAAGCAGUAGCUUCCGAAAUAGCUAAAUGUCCUACUCUCUCCACUUUAAGCCUUGGUCUUGAAUCAAACAAUAUAGGCCCAGAUGGGGCGAAAGCAGUAGCUUCUGAAAUAGCUAAAUGUCCUAUUCUCUCCACUUUAAAUCUUUAUUUAAGUAAUAACAAGCUCAAUGGAGAUGAAUUGUUGGAAAAUAUAUUUCUAAAAAAUAUGAUACUAAAUAUUAAAUAUUGA